UUCUGUUCGAUGAAGGAUUGGUCUAGAUUGAAUAUGAACAUGAUUUUGGAUUGUCUGGUUCGACAAUGGUUUCAUUUGAGUUUGAAUAUCUUGAUGUUUGGUUCUCGGUCGUUGUUGUCCGUGUGGAUUGGUUGGACUGGAUUUGGUAACCAGUGGCGAGUGACGAGAUUCGUCACCCUCAA